AUGCCAACGUCCGAACUUCGACAUGGCUUGUUAAACGAUCAAUCGUUUUUGAAUAAUCUCCAGUCUCAUUACUUUUCUCAUUAUGAUUUGAAACGAAAUACGACUGGUGCAAAUAUUUCCCCAGAGGACACCAAACAUAAAAUUCCCGACUGGAAAUCGCAAGGAAACAACAAAAAAACCACAACAGCUGCAUUAGUUAUGUGCUUGAACUUGGGAAUUCCACCUCCGGACAUAAUUCGUCCACAGGAAUGCCCAUUUUUGGAGUCUUUUGUUAAUCCAAAUGCCUAUUCGGAUCCGAAGAAAGCCCUUCAGGCGAUUGGUAGAAAUCUUCAACUUAAUUUUGAAUCAAUAUCUUCAAGAACAAAAUAUAAACAGUCAUUAGACCCAUCUGUCGAGGAUAUAAAGCGAUUAUGCACCACAUUACGUCGAAAUGCAAAAGAUGAACGUAUUCUAUUUUAUUACAAUGGCCAUGGAGUUCCUCAACCCACUCAAAGCGGAGAGAUAUGGGUCUUUAACAGAGGCUAUACCCAAUACAUACCUGUCAGCUUAUACGAUUUACAAAAUUGGAUUGGUGCACCCUGCAUUUUUGUAAUUGAUACUUCAGCUGCUGGUAAUGUUAUUGAAAACAACAAAAAGUUUAUUCAAAAGAGAAUUGAUGAUGAAGCAAACCAUCAUGGAGACCCUGCUGCCCCUUCUUCGGUGAGUUCAUAUAUAGAAUCACUGCAACUUGGAGCUUGCGGAUCAAAAGAGAUCUUACCGAUGAAUCCGGAUUUACCUGCAGAUUUCUUUACUUGUUGUCUAACUUCCCCGAUUGAAAUGAGUGUUAAGUGGUUCGUACUAUCUUCACCACUACGGAAAGAAGGUAAUUAUGAUAUUUUAAAAGACAGUGAAGGACAGAUAGAGAUUCCAGGAAGACUUACUGAUAGAAGAACACCAUUGGGAGAGCUCAAUUGGAUAUUUAUUGCUGUGACGGAUACAAUUGCUUGGACGUCAUUACCACGACCAUUGUUCAAAAAGCUCUUUAGGCAGGAUUUAAUGGUGGCUGCACUUUUCAGAAACUUUCUUCUUGCAAAGAAAAUUAUGCCACUGGCUGGAUGCCAUCCUGUUUCUGAUCCACCACUGCCUAAUGUUAAUGAUCAUCCAAUGUGGGAUUCUUGGGAGUUAGCAAUUGAUGAGGUAUUGGGUCAGCUUGUCAGGCAAAAGAAGGUGGAAAAGCCAAAGCCAAAUCUUUCCGAUAUUCCUCAACUACAGUCGGUAGAUUCAGAAUCGACACAUCACCACACCCGUCAGAAUCAGCAGAAUAAUCACCAAAACACUUCACAGAGAGGUAGAACCGGCGGGAAACAAGCAAACGGUCAACAAAGAAAUAUUUCAACAUCUUCUACACCUCUCAAAGGCCAAAUGAUUUCCUCUGCUUCUCAGAUUAAGAAGUUGAUUACGUAUCAACAUUCUUCUUUCUUUGAGCAACAUCUUACGGCUUUUGAAAUAUGGCUUCGAUAUGGAUCGAGUUCGAAGAAACCUCCACAACAGUUACCUAUAGUUCUUCAGGUCUUGUUAUCUCAGGCACAUAGACUACGUGCAUUACAUCUACUAUCACAAUUUUUGGAUUUGGGUCCAUGGGCUGUGUAUCUUGCGUUAAGUAUCGGAAUCUUUCCAUAUAUUUUAAGACUUUUACAAAGCCCUUCCUCUGAACUUAAGCCAAUUUUGACAUUUAUUUGGGCUAGGAUUAUGUCGGUCGACUAUAGGAAUACCCAACAAGAACUUUUUAAAGACAGAAGAUACAAUUAUUUUGUUCAGAUAUUUACAACACAAGCUCCACAUACAUUUGUCGAUAGUUCAUAUGCUAACGGAAACAUACAUGACGUUGUUGGCAGCAAGUUAACAUUCGACGACCAAAAAGCAAUGAGUGCAUUCGUUUUGGCAUGCUUUGUUCGUGGAUUCGAGAACGGUCAAAAAGUUUGUCUCUCCGUUGAGCUAGUAAAAACAUGCAUAUAUUAUAUAGAAACAUCUGAGAGCCCAUUAUUGAGACAGUGGAGUGCUAUGCUUAUUGCUGAGUUGGUGGAUGGGAGGGCCGAAGCAGCCGCAGUGUUUAUGAAGAGCAGGUUGACAACCAGAUUAUUGAGGUUUAUAGAUGAUCCAAUUCCCGAAGUUCGUGCUGCCAUUGUGAAUGCUCUUGCAAAUUUCAUUCUCUUUGUUAGCAUCCAGGAUGAGGUAGAUAAUUCUUAUAUCACAUUGCAGGAAGAAUUGAAUGAGCAAGAACUACAAAUUGCCGUCAAAGUUCUUUCGCUAAUAAAUGAGGGGUCGCCCUUAAUUAGACGAGAGAUGAACUGCUUCUUUAGUCGCUUUGUCGUUAAGUACAUCGAGUUCUUUGUUAUUUGUGCAUUUUUUCAAUUAGAGGAAGAAAUCACUCUUAUGGACAAUCCAUCUAUUAUUGACGAGGUGAGAAGAAAAUCUCCUGCAUAUGGUUCAAUUUUUUCUUCAAUAUGGAAAGCUUUACUUAUAUCAAGCGAGGACCCUCAUGAUGAAGUGCGCGAUUAUGCGGAACAAAUUGUGGACUAUAUCGUAUGGAAGUUGAAUGAAAGCCCAUUGGAGGAUGCUGUCAGAGGAAUGGAAAGCUAUAUUUUCCACAAAAAAGCAAGCAUCAAUGUAAAUGGCGUUCUUUCAUCAAAUGCCAGUGAUAUUGCCUCCUCAAUAAUUCACAUCCAGUCACCGAAACUUUCAACUUCCCAAAGGGAUGUCGAAAACAGAAGGAUCCAGUCGAUGACAGUGCUUCCUCACAAUAACGGUCAAACCGAUUUGAAACUCCGGCGUACUGCGUCAACAAUUUCAAAUUCAACCAUAGGGAAAUCGAUUUUAGCAAAAGCUGCAGGUUGGAUUAAAAAUAUGAAGAUAUCAGAAGAGAUUGACGGUGAUGAUUCUUCAAGUAUUUUCAAACUUCCGCUUUCCCAGCAACCAGAUACAAUUCCUUAUGGAAGCCUGCCAAAACCCACGACACCGAGGUUUCAUCCUGGAAACGAGAUGAAUGGAAAACCCGAAUUACCACUGAAGAGCCAGUUUUUUGAGUAUAGUUGUGAAUAUUUCCAGGAACCUCAAUUAGGAAAGAAGGAUUCGGAUGAACCAGGAAGCGAGGAAUAUACAAAAAGACUUUGGCGGAGAAACAGAAAUGAAGCGAUAAUAUCAGAAACUCAGCCACAAAAGGAAAUGGCUUUAAGAGGCGAUUGGACUAAUGUUGUCGCAAACUUAAACAAUAAAACUCAACCUAAAAUUGUCAAAUUUAUGCAGUUUGAGAAUUGGUUAGUUUCAACAGAUGAAAGAGAUACCGUUACAACCUUCGACUGGGAAAAACAAGAGGAGUUAUCAAAAUUUUCCAAUGGUAAUCCUUUCGGGACUAAAAUAUCCGACGUUAAAUUUUUGAAUGAAGAUGACAUCCCUCUUUUAUUAACUUGUUCCAGUGAUGGCGUUGUGAGAAUAUACAAAAACUUUGAUGAUAUUUCAAAAUACAAACUCAUUACCGCAUGGAGAGCCCUUACAGAUAUGAUUUUGACACCUCGGUCUGUUGGCCUUAUUUCUGAAUGGCAACAAAGUCGUGGUACACUUAUGGUUACGGGUGAUGUAAAGGUAAUAAAAUUAUGGGAUGCUCCUAGGGAGAAAUGUGUGGAGGAGAUUCCAUUGAGAUCCACAUCACAAAUUACUUCUCUUACGUCAGACCAAGUUAGUGGUGAUAUAUUUGUCGGCGGGUUCAGGGAUGGUACUAUAAGAGUUUACGAUCGGAGGGUUGAAGCAAGGGAGUCAAUGGUGAAGCUCUACAAGCCGAAGUCUCGUACUGGAAUUUCUUCCAUAAAAAGUAUACAUAUGCAGAGGGGUGGGAUGAGAGAACUAGCCUCUGGAGCAUCAAACGGAUUUGUGAAAUUAUGGGACAUUCGAAUGAACGAUCCAAUAUUAAGCUUCAGGGCUUUUAAUAAGACGAUGACCACUUCUAUUAUCCAUGAACAUGCACCGGUGAUAGCCUGUGCCUCAAAAAAGAUAAAUAUUUACAGCACAGCAGGGCAACUUCUAAACAGUAUAAAUAAUACUGGCUUUAUGAAUCAACUUAAUGAGACUGCUGGAAACAACAGUUAUAUCAACUGCUUGGCGUUACAUCCUCAUAGAAUGAUGCUAGCAAAAGGUCAAAAUCAGAGUUCUAAUAUCUCCGUCUAUCAAUGCAUGGACAAUUCUGAUUCUGAAUAUUGA